GGAAGAGGGAGGGUGGGCGCGUGAUGCCAACGACUCUCGGACGAAGCGACGUAGGUCACUUAUUUGGAGGCGUACCUGUACCAAGAUGCCAUAUAUUAAUUCUUGUUAUCUCCCAAAUCUUUGUAAAGGCUCGAGUGAAUUGGUAAACUCGCCACUGACCUCGCGAAGCGUCGGGGGUAGACUGUCUCGUCACUUACUAACGAAUUCGCACCAAGUUAAGUUCUCUUGUUCUCUUCCCAAUUCAAGGUCAAGGCACGACGGUGUAGUUGACUAACUAGAAAGCUCUGGCAGGAGUUCAGCUGCGCUGUCUGACACUUUACUGCUAUAUCACGUUGCUUAAAAAACGAAUUUAUUCACGGAAAAAUGUCAAUCUAUCAGAGUCGCUUCGGCGAACUUGUUUGGUCAUUAUGGUGUUUGGAAACUGCCUUCAUCUCAGUUGGCCUAAUACUUUUUAUACUGUUGUUCGUGUUAGAAAAGAGAAGCCCAAGAGUCGCCCACGCCCACGUACACGGAUACCGAUCGAUUUUCGAGCCUCCCUUUUUUCUUCAAACGAGAUUCGUUCUAGGGGCCUGCGAGAUAAUUAGGGAUGGAUAUGAGAAGUUCAAAAAUGUGCCGUUCAUAGUCCGCCGCUUCGACGCCGACUACUCCGUCCUUCCAAUGAGGUAUCUAGAAGAAAUACGUUUGAUACCGAUGACGAAACUUAGCGGCAAGGAAUCGCAGAUACGCAACAUGAUGCCGAAGUGGACCGGGUUGGAGUUCAUGGUCCGGUCUCACCUCCACGUCGAUGUGCUAAAGCGGAAACUCACUCCGGAGCUGGGCAGGUAUUUGGAGGCUGCCAGGAGCGAGCUCGAGUAUGGAUGGGAGGUCGACGUCCCUAGACCCGACGAUUGGCUUGAGGUGGACAUCCAGCAGAUAACGCGCAUGCUCAUCGCCCGCAUGUCUGCCAAAGUCUUCCUGGGACACCCGGCAUGCCGUGACCUGGAUUGGUUGCAGACCUCCGUCCAGUACUCCAUCGACACCUUUACCACAGCUUUCAUAUUGAGGAUGUUUCCACCUUUCCUCCACUUCAUUGUCGCGCAGUUUUUGCCGUCAAAGUGGCGAAUGAGAGCUCAACUCCGGACCGCGGAGCGCACCGUCAGACCGUUAAUGGAGAAGCACGCCGAGGCAACGCGGAGGAGAAGUCUUGGAGAAGAAGUAGAGGAGCAAGAAGACACUCUCAUGAAGUGGAUGCUGGAGAACGGGACGGAGCAGGAGACGCGGCUGUCGGAGAUGGCGGCUCGCCAGUGCGUGCUGACCCUCGCCAGCAUCCAUACCACGGCCACUAUUGUCGCUAACGUGAUAUUCGAACUUUGCGCGCGCCUAGAGUGGGUUCCUGUGUUGCGUGACGAAUUUGACCGAGUCACCAGGGAGGUAGGACAGCCCGGCAGUGACCCCAACAUCGACAUGCGGCGCUGGCAUCCGCGACUAGAAAAGCUCGACAGCUUCAUCGUCGAGACGUUCCGAUAUUACCCUCCUAUUCUCCUCGGCCCCCAGCGCCUCGCAUUAGAGGACAUUACGCUGAAGGACGGGACGAAGAUUCCCACCGGGGCCAAGAUCGCGUUUGCCAUGUACCAUCACCAGAACGACGCAGCGGUGACGCCGGGACCCGGGUUGUUCGAUCCGAUGCGCAGCUAUCGCAAACGACAGUCCUCCGCAGAAGAGUACGCUCGUUACCAAGCCACCUUGCCAGACGUGAAUAACAACUUAUCUUUCGGGUAUGGGAAUCAGGCAUGCCCUGGGAGGUUCUUUGCCAUUGCCGAAAUCAAGCUCGUCAUUUCCCGGCUGCUUAACGAAUUUGACUUCCGUCUCCCGGAGGGCCAAUGUCGGCCUAAGAUCAUGUAUGCCGACGAGAAUACGUUCAUCGACCCCAACGCCAGGAUAAUGAUGAGGAAAAGAAGAAUCGCAUGAUUACAACGCCCUCAGGAAGUCCUGGGAGACAGGGUUGGGGUUAGAGGGGACAAGCCACAGGAGUAGGAACAUUCCUUUCAGACAGGUGACUCUCGAGAGACCCUGUCACGACACAGGUAAUAGAAGUUAAUCACAAGGAACACCACUUACGCAUUU